GAAGAAUUUCUCCUUAUUGGCAUGAAUCGUUGCCUUAUAAAUGCAGUCUUGAUCUGUUAAAUUGAAUGCAACAUGUCUUAUUAGGAUCUCCUACUAAGAAAGUGCAAGGACACAGUCGUUCCUUAUAUCAUGUACCCUCACAGAUUAAACUUCUGCGGUUUGUUCCUAUCAAAGAGAGUGCAAGGCUGCAGUCAUUCCUUAUAUCUAAUUAAAUUCACUCUUGCUAAACGCAGGGUCUGAUUUUUCCUGUUUGCUAUUAUCAGGAUAAAAUUUCCUACUAUUUUGUUCAUGCUGGUUGGUUCUUGUCUAAUGUAUCAGAUCUUUUCUCCCAGAACUUGAACUGAAAUGCUCUAUGCUCCAGCAUCUUCUCAAUCUCCUCAAUGGGCAGCCCCUUUGUUUCAGGCACACAGACUAGGACAAAGAUU